AUGGAGGCGAGUCGAGUUCAUCGCCCGGGGUAUGAAACUCCCACCAAACCACGUAAACAGCUUCUAGAUAAGCCUAGAUUGCAAAAGUACGAGCAACUACCAUCAUCAAAACGACAGAGGCCGGCAACAACCAACGCUAAACCCAAAGCUUUGAUUGAUUUGACUGGCGACACCGCCGACGAGGACGAUGUUGUCGUCACCAAAGCCAAAAAGAAGAAGAAGGCUCCGUCGGAAAGUUCAACAAGUGAACGGCGCGCAAGGAGGUUUCGGAAUCAUCCGCCACAGUCGUAUCUCGAGAAGCUCGACCGUGCAAGGACUCAAAAGAUGUUUGUGCUCCGUCGUACUCGCGGAGGCACGGCAGAUGUCCCCGAAGAAAGCGUCGAUAUGGUUGGGACCACUGGAAAUUUGUACACUGUCACCAUUUCCUCUAAGCCGAGCUGCUCCUGUCCCGAUGCGAAAAAGGGGAAUCAAUGCAAACACGUCGUCUAUGUUCUUGUUAACGUGCUGAAAGCCCGAGAGGAUCUACAAUAUCAACUAGCUUUUCUCUCUUCGGAACUGCAGGAAAUUUUUGAAAAUGCACCCCCUAUCAAACCCGCCGGCACUGGUUCUGCCGAUACAGACGACCCAGGAAACCGCAAACCAAUCGAGGGCGACUGUCCAAUCUGCUUUAUGGAGUUUGACGCACAGAAUGAGCAGAUUGUCUGGUGCAAGGCAGCCUGUGGGAACAACAUACACAAGACUUGCUUUAGCCAAUGGGCUGCCACUUCUGGCAAGAGAAAAGUGCAGUGUGUCUACUGCCGCUCUGAAUGGCUGACUGAAGCGGGCGACUUCAACGCCGAGUCUCUCCUACAAACCGAGCGCACUGUCGGCGAAGACGGCUAUGUCAAUGUGGCCGCAGAGGUUGGCUUGUCUGGUGAACGGGAUUAUUCGUCCUAUCAUCAGUUCUGGGUUAAUCGUCAUUUGGGCCGUGGUCGGUACGGUUCGAGAUAUUAUCCCUACUAA